CCUCCUCUAACUCCAACAGUUGCUUCUGUGAGACUAGGAACCUGUUUAAACAAAUUCACUCAGUAGUUUUUGUUGCUAUCCCCUUAUUUUGACCGGCUUUCAUUAAAGAGUCAUGGUGGUAAAUGGAAGUUUAUUUUGGCUAACUAAAGGUAGACUUUACAGAGAACACAAGUCCAGAAAACGUCCUUCUUUGACUGUUCUUUACUUCUUUAAUUGAUAUUGUAGUGUUGUUUUUAAGCUAACUGUCAGUGUUUAGCUUUAAGCACUGUUUUUUAUUUUAGCUGUCAUAUAUUUAACUUUUAACGGUCGUGUUUUUGAUCAUUUUAUCUUUCAUUGUUCUUAUAAUGACUGUUAGUUUGAGGCUUGGAUAUGUGCUUUUAAGGGACAAUACAGAGCAGAGGUGAUUAGAAGAACUAAAAAUAUUUUUUUCCUUAAAGUCACCUCACUUUUUUUCCAGUAUCAGUUUCACUUAUAUCAUUGUCUUCUAAAUCAGCCAGAGUACUAUACAUGCAUUGUUCCUUAUCUCACUUUCCUCUACUUUAAAUUGAUUAUCCGAGGUCAGUGAUGGAGAAAGCAUGCUUUUUUGACCGGUGAAUGGAAAACUUUUUAAACAAAGUCUGGGUAAAAAAGAACAAGACAAGAUGACCAUCAGCGCGUAAUAAGUCUGACAUUAUAACCCCGUGGCAAACAAUACAUGUAUUAUCAUCAAGUUUAACCAAAAAUUAUCUGUAGGGCGUAAACUAAUAAAGCAGUUCUAACAGUGGGCCGCUUUGUGAGUUCACUUUUUCCAAACCUACAAGUAAUUUAGGUAAUUUUAGGUGAGUGGUUAGCCCUCAAAAAUAGCCCUCAACCUUCAGUCACAAACACUAAAAUAGAUUUAUUGCAGUUAUUGUUCGGAAAUCCAAUUACGCUUUACUGUCUCCAUUGAAACAAGUAAAUGAAUGGAAAUGCUUGGUUAAAAAUGGCACUGAGAAUUAUUUAAAGCCCCCUUUGGGGAACAAGGGUCAAUUGUGCUGCGACAACCCCUGGAGCAGGCAGCAGAGGACUUUGGGAGUUGACCUCUAAUUGGUCAGUUUGAGAGAAAGGGGCGGUCCGAAUGAAUUAGUGAUAGACUCUAAAGGCAGAUAUCCUGCAGUGAUCAAACCCUGGGUGAUCUGACAGUUCAGUGUUUGAUGUGAUUAUCAUGCUAGGCAACAUAAAGGCUUACCCCCAGCUUUGGGCCUAAUUAGUUCACUAAGGGGCCUUUAUAAGACAUUGAUAAGGGACCGGGAAGUACAGACACUCACUGAGUGAGCAGAGCAUCAGGAUAGCGAUAGCAGCAGCAGCAGCAGCAGCAGCAGCAGCAGACUUGGAUCCCUAAAGUUGACCUGCUGCUCCAACAAACAAACCACUCUGAAGAGUAUCUGCUUUUCUGAGAAUGCCACACUUAACUGACUGCAGUUACUUCACGAUGCGGGACGCAACAAGAGCUUCAAAUGUACACAGCCACCUGGAGAACUCCAAGUUCCACCUCCACCAGAGCCAGAACCAGCAGGUCAAACAGUACCUGACACUGGGCUCAAAGCUGGCCUCGUCUGCCGGGCAGGGCCACAGUGUGCAGCAUCCACACACACCGGGCCAGGCGCUGGCCAGCGUUCCCAUCAUGAGGAAUGGACACAUGCCCUCGGUCAGCGACGGCAGCAACCCAAACAGCCCCGUUACCCUGCUCACUAUGGCCAACCAUGACAGCGAGUUUCCAAUGGAUGAAGUUAUUGAUGAUCUUAUUAGUCUUGAAUCCGGUUUCAAUGAUGGAGGCUUGGAUUGCAUGGAGCCUAACAUCAUAAUGCAAGGGAAUGUAUCCCUCAGCGGCAGCAUGCUGGACAUCUAUGGGGGCGAACCAGGUAUGAGCGCUCCUAAUGGUGGAAUGAGUCCCACAUCUAACCCCACAAAUCUCACUGUAAAAAGGGAAUACACAGAACAUGACACGAGAGUAAUGGCCAAAGAGAGACAGAAAAAGGACAACCAUAAUCUAAUUGAAAGACGGAGAAGAUACAACAUCAACUACAGGAUCAAGGAGUUGGGGACACUUAUACCAAAGUCCAAUGACCCAGACAUGCGCUGGAACAAAGGCACCAUCCUGAAGGCCUCGGUGGAGUACAUAAAGUGGCUGCAGAAGGAGCAGCAGCACGCUCGGGAGCUGGAGAGCCGGCAGAAGAAGCUGGAGCAGGCGAACAGAAGGCUGCUGCUGAGGAUCCAGGAACUUGAGAUCCAGGCGCGAGCACACGGCCUCCCCAACAUGGCUACAGCUUUAGGGACAGUUGAACUUUCCUCACACCUCCUCAAACAACAACAACAACAACAGCAGCAGCAGCAGUCAUCCCCUCAGCCCCAACAACCCAUACAGCCGCCCCUCUACCAGGAGGACCCCAACAGCGACUACCUCCAGAGGAUAGCCUCUGUAGCGGGCGUUCAUUCCAUCCCUAGUGCAGCCGGGCCGCAGGAUCACAUCCCCGGUGCAGAUGGUUGCACCACGUUCUCCGACCCGCUGUCCCACUUCACAGACUUCUUCAGCGCCACACUUAAGGAGGAGCACCGGCUGGACGAGAUCCUGAUGGACGACCCGCUGUCGCCUUUUGGCACAGACCCGCUUCUCUCGGCUGGUUCGCCUGGAGAAGCUUCCAAAGACAGCAGCCGCAGGAGCAGCUUUAGCUCAGCGGAGGAUGACGACCUAUAAGACUUCCCUCUUCAGUUACACACUUCUGGUUGUGGUGAAGGGCGUACACAGGGCCUUCUGAAGACUGACUCUUGGACUGCAACUACUGUAUAGUUUGAACAACAGCUAAAACACCUGACAGUGCUCAAAAAGGUGCCACUUGUAUAAAACAAGUCUUUUGUUUGUUUUUUAGCAGCUCAUGGACUUCCUGCUCCUCAGCGUAACGUUACUAAAGACAAACUGUGCAUUCUGCCUCCCGGACAGAGCAGAAACAGACUCAUAAGAAAAAAGGGAGACAAUAAUCAGCCUUCAUGUGUGUAAUAUACCUGUUCUUUCGGUAAACACUGUGGUAGCCAAACACUGUAAAAUGCCAAAUAAUCACUGAAAACAGCCAAAAUGCUUCUCUUUUUGAAAAACCAAAAUACUACUACGUCAUAAAAGGACCUUUUUUAAUA